AUGUGGAUUUACGGGGCACUUUAUUGAACGCGCAAACUAUUUUUACUUUAUUUUUCCUACGUUUUAAGCAAAUUUGAAUCGAAUUCUCAAUUUCAUGUUAAAAAUUAAUUCGUUAAAAUUGUGCCGUGUGCUUCAACAAAGUUUUGCGUCAUCAGAAUGUAUCAGCCACCCUUCAUCUUCAAAUGAAAAUGUGAAACCGAUAUCAAAUCUUCCCUAUGUAGAUUAUAUUAAAAAGAAGUAUCCAGAAAAAUUAGAGAAAAUGAAUGAACAAGUAGCUGAGCUGAAUUCUCAAAGAAAAGAGUGCAAAAAUACGAAAGUUCUCAGUUUUAUCAAAGAUUUAAAUUCUUUAAUACUGAACAAAAAUGCCGUAGAACUGAUACCUGUUGGUUCGAUGGUUACCAACUUUGUGAACAAACAAUCGGACUUUGAUUUUGUAUUCUUUCCAAAAAGAGACGACCAACGGCAUCGAUUUCUGCGUGAUUUUCAUCAAAAUCCAAGUUUCAAACAAAACUUCAUGUCCGUAUUUGCGAAAUUAAUCGAACGAGAGAGUGCUAAACUUGGAGAACCUGUGGAAAAAAUUGUAGAACUGCCUAGAAUGAGGGUUCCGUUAAUAAUUGUCAGAUAUAUUUCCGGAUUGAGUAUUGACGUGCAGUUUCCCGAAGAAAAUUAUCACGCAAUACGAAAUACGCAUUUGAUGAAAAUGUACAAAUUGUGCGAUCACCGAUUCACACUCUUAUUCCUGUGGCUUCGAGCAAUCUGUGACAAGUUAGAAGUUCGGAACAGCAAAUAUGGACUUCUCUCAUCAUAUCAUCUUCUUCUUUUAGUUGUUCAUUUUCUUCAAAGUGAACAGGCACUUUCUCCGUGGCCAGUUCUCCCUGUCCUCGCCAAAACUCAUCCGAAUCUCGUUACCUCUGAAAUUCCAAUUUCAAAAGUGGCAGAGCUCAUCAAAUCAGAAAAUCCAUGUUUGAGUGAUUUCUCUUGGACUUCUCACAACAAGAUGGCAAUCAGUGAAUUAAUUAUUCGAUUCGUUGACUACUACAAUCACUUCAAUGCGGCCAAAGAAGCGAUCUACAUCGAGAAAGGAUUAGCUUUAAAACGCAAACAAGUAUUCGGAGAAGUACGACUUCAAUUGAUUGAUCCAUAUUCUCCCGUCUCUGUUUGCCGUUCACAUCACGCAAGCUCCGCUUUCUUUGCUGCUAUUCAAUUUAUGCGAAAACAGUUUAAAAACGGGCAAAUGCUCGCGAGUCUACCUGAAGUUCCAGAAGCUUCACAGUUCCAUGGGGAAAAUCACUUCUCGUCGUGGAAACUCCAAAUGAACGACAAAGUAAUUAUCUAAUCGUCACUUUUAUCCAUUUUCCUUGUUUUCCUGUGUUUUUUUUUCAAUACCGGUAAUUUAUUAGAAUUUUAGAAAAUACAUUAUUUAUAGUUUCUUGUUAUUUUCACAAUUUUGAUUUCUUGUUCUUCUGUUUCUCCAUAAAUUGCUGUGCUCCCUUU